UGUCCUCCUGGUCCCAGGGCCCUGAGCCCUCCUUCCUCGCUCACCAUGGCAGUUUCCAGCUGCUGCUGGGCCUGGUUCAGGUUCUUGGCCCUUCUGCUAUUCCUAACCCACUCAGUCACUCCAGAAGCUGCUGAGAUGCCAGCCUGUGGGAAACCCCAGCUGCUGAACCGAAUCAUAGGGGGCGAGGACUCCAUGGAGGCUGAAUGGCCAUGGAUUGUCAGUAUCCAGAAGAAUGGGACUCACCACUGUGCCGGUUCCCUGAUCACCAAUAGAUGGGUAGUCACAGCUGCCCAUUGCUUCAAGGAUUCCGUGGAGCCAUCUCAAUUUUCAGUGCUUCUGGGGGCCUGGCAGCUGGCAAACCCUGGCCCUCGGACUGUACGAGUGGGCAUGGCCUGGGUACUGCCCCAUCCCAGAUACAUCUGGCGGGAGAGCAACCAGGGGGACAUUGCCCUGGUACGCCUCGAACACUCCAUCAAAUUCUCUGAGCAUGUCCUGCCCAUCUGUUUGCCUGACAGCACUGUAAAACUCCGUCCUGGUACUUCUUGCUGGAUUGCUGGCUGGGGCAGCAUUGGAGAAGGAGUCUCCCUGCAAUACCCCCAGACUCUGCAGAAGCUGAAAGUCCCCAUCAUCUCCUCGGAGACAUGCAGCCGCCUCUACUGGCGGGGUGCAGGGCAGGGGGCCAUCACCUCAGAUAUGCUGUGUGCUGGCUACCUGGAAGGCAAGAAGGAUGCAUGCCUGGGUGACUCGGGGGGCCCCCUGAUGUGCCAAGUGAAUGGGUCCUGGCUUCUUGCUGGCAUCAUCAGCUGGGGAGAGGGCUGUGCCGAGCGCAACCGGCCUGGUGUCUACAUUCGCCUCACUGCCCACCAAGCCUGGAUUCAAAGAGUAGUGCAAGGGGCACAGUUCCGCGGCGAGCCACGGGCAGACUCCCAGGACUUCGGGCUGAUGAGUGAAAGGGGCUCUCGAGGCUACAGGCUGCGGCCCUCCUAGGGGUGGGAGAGAGGCCUGGAUUUGAGUGUAGAAGGUGGGACCUAGGACCAGCUGUGGGGUCCCCUCUAGGUCUUUGACUUCAUGUUGUGGUUUUUCCCACUGUAAAUAUAUGACCUACCUCUGAAUGAAGACAGAGCUCAGAUGUCUCAGUUUAUGCCCCCUUCUGGACCUCUACCACCCCCUCUAGGAUCAGGCUAGGAGAGCGUUCACUCUUUUUUCCCACCUCCCUCAAACCCCUAGCAGAAAUCAGGGUCGGGGGAGUCCGUGAGGAGCCUGAACUCUUGGGUCCUAUCCCGGCUGGCCGGUGAUCCAGUCUUAAAGCAUCCUGGUUAGAUAGAAAGGGGUGAGAGAAGAAGACUGCAGUUCCCAAGAAAGCACAUGUUUGAAUGUUAACUGAUUUUUAUAAGUUAUUUGUGGCACUUCCAUGUAUCCAAUUCUAUUUCUUUAAUUUCAAUAAAUUAUUUAUUCGCCUA